GCCGCCGCCGCCUUCGGGUAACCCACAGCCGGGCUGUGGCCUCGCCGGGGACCAGGCGCUGAAGCGGCCAGAUCGGAAGGAGCGAUUGGCCAAGAGCUGGGACGUCGUCGGGGAUCUCCGCUAGCGCGGCUUUUCUCCCGCAGGGGAAACGGGGAGAGCUGGAGGCGCGCGCGCGCUCGGCCCCCAACUUCGGCCGUGUGAUCCCACCGAUUCGGAUCUAUUCUGGUCGAUCUCCUCCCGCCCUCUCUCCGUCCUUUGCUCCCCCCCCACACACACCGGCCGGACGCAAGACACCUUCCUUUCAUUUUAUAUUAAUUUUUUUUUAGGAAAAUAAAAAUUUUAACCGGGGGUGGGGGGCGGUCCUUCUCUUGGCGUGGAGCCAAUUGAUGCUGUGGCCGCCGCCGGCGACGGAGAGGUCUUCGAUCCUCGAUCCUCACGCUCGACGGGGCCCCGUCCCCCGGAGUCCAUCGCCGGCACCCUUUCCUCGGAGCCCCCCCGGAACUCUUGCGCCUUCGCUCUUUUCGCCCCCCGAUGGCCGGGAAAAAGGGCUGGUUCGGGGGCUGGUGGACUACAGGCAUUUGCCUGACGGCGCUUUCCCACCUCCCAGGGCUUUGGGCUCAGAUGGUGCUGGUCAACGACACCGUCUCCGGCUUCAUCGGGACCAAUGUAAUCCUGCAUUGCAGCAUGACCAACCCUUCCCCCAAUGUGAAGAUCACACAGGUCACCUGGCAGAAGGCCACCAAUGGCUCCAAGCAGAACGUGGCCAUCUUCAACCCCAACAUGGGUGUCUCCAUCUUGCCCCCCUACCAGAAUAGGGUGACCUUCCGAGAACCCUCCACUAAAGAUGGGACCAUACAACUGUCACGCCUCGAGCUGGAGGAUGAAGGUGUUUACAUCUGUGAGUUUGCGACAUUCCCUACUGGCAACCGGGAGAACCAGCUCAACCUCACCGUGUUAGCCAAACCGACGAACCGGAUGGACAGCACCAAGAAAGCCAUCAUCGCCAGGGCUGGCAUGACGGAGAAGAUCUUGGUCGCCACCUGCACCUCCUCCAACGGGAAGCCACCCAGCACCGUGACUUGGGACACCAAGCUGAAAGGGGAGGCGGAGUUCCAAGAAAUCCGCAACUCCAACGGCACCAUCACGGUGAUCAGCCGGUACCGCCUCUUGCCGAGCCGGGAGGCCCAUCGGCAGCAGCUCAUGUGCGUGGUCAACUACCAGCUGGACCGGUUCACCAACAGCAUGACCCUCAACGUGCUGUAUGAGCCCGAAGUUCGCAUCGAAGGCUUUGACGGCAACUGGUACCUCAACCGGAAAGAUGUGAAACUGACGUGUAUCGCGGAUGCAAACCCGCCAGCAACCCUGUACCAAUGGAAGCUGAUCCCAUUGUCUACAGUAGAUGUGGCUAGAAUGAACGGCUCUCUUCCGGACAACGUGGAGGUUCAGAACAGCACCUUGUUCUUCAAGGGACCAAUUACUUACAACCUGGCCGGGACGUACGUCUGCGAGGCUACGAACACCAUCGGCACACGGUCGGGCCUCGUGGAAGUCAAUGUCACAGAAUUCCCCUACACCCCGUCUCCAUCGGGCACAUCCGUGGCACAGCCGACCCUCCCCACCGCCGUGAUUGUGGGCGUGGUGGGAGGCGCCUCGUUGGUCGUGGUGAUCGCCGUGGUGGUCUUUCUGGUGCUGCGGCACCGGCGUCACACCUUCAAAGGGGACUACAGCACCAAGAAGCACAUCUACGGCAACGGCUACAGCAAAGCCGGCAUCCCCCAGCAUCACCCGCCCAUGGCCCAGAACCUCCAGUACCCGGACGACUCGGACGACGAGAAGAAAGCCGGGCCGCUGGGGGGUAACGGCUACGAGGACGAGGAGGAAGAGGGCGGCGCCGGGGGCGACCGCAAGCUGGGCGGAGGGCCCAACAAGUACGACGACGACUCCAAGCGGCCUUACUUCACGGUGGACGAGGGCGAGGCGCACCCGGAGGCCUACGACGACCGGACACUUGGCUUCCAGUACGACCCCGAGCAGCUGGACAUAGCCGAUAACAUGGUCUCUCAGAAUGAUGGCUCUUUUAUUUCCAAAAAAGAGUGGUACGUCUAACCUGCUCCACCACGGGCCCCCCCCUCUCUCUCUUGCCUCCCCCUUCCUUGCCACGAGCUGCCUCCGCGCCCCCAGGGCUAGCUAGCGGCUGCCGCACUCGGCCCUGUGGCGUUCUCACAAACACGCCCGCCCAUGCACGCGCAUUCACCCAUGCACCAGCCUGGAAGGGGGAGCCCAACGUGCAGAGACGUUUUCUUCUGGGGAGCCGGGGAGAGAAAUGUCCCUGGUUUGGAGGCAACCGGGCUGGGGUGAAAAGGGAGGGCUGGGCACACAACUUCAGCAUACAUUGGUGUUCUUG